AUGAAACUCAGAUCUCGCAAAGCUGAUACUGAUGAAGCUUCAACUUCUACCCCGAAAAAAGCCAAACUGGACUCUUUUGAAAGUAUUCACCCAGGCAUGUUGGUUUCUUACGGAAAAUUCGGAAAGUGCUUCGGAUCUGAAUGUGAUGGAGUGCCGAUGGCAACGGCAGAUUCUGAAGUCGACAACCGACGAUUCUGCAGACAAUGUGCAGAGAAAGAGGGUCCGUUACUUGGACGUUCGAAGUGGUGGCAUGAAUAUCUAACCUACGAUCCUUCGGAUGCUGAAUUCAAGUGCCCUGCCUACAAUACUGACGGAAGCUGCAAAUCACUCAAGGUAUCCUUCGAGGACUUCUAUCUCGGGUCAUGCUGCCAACCUGCAUCAACAUGGUUGAUUCAAAAUAAGAAAGGACAGGAGAAAAAGCUGAAAACAAUUCGACAAUUCUACGACUCGCAGACUAAAAGAAGUAACUCAGCAAGCAUGGCAGUCGACCACAAAAAGAAGGAUCUCUGGAAGGCAGAACGGAAGCUGAAAGAACAAAGAAAGAAGCUCGAAGAGAUGAAGAAGCAGAUCGAAGAAUGCGAGAAAUCUGUAGCUGAAGAAGAAAAGGCUCUGGAAGAUGCACGAAAGAAAGCUCGCGACGCAGAUGAAAAAACGGAACCAUACAUCAAGCGAUACAAGCAAGUGCUGUACGAGUAUCAUUCAGUUGCUACCGAGCUCUCUCUCGAUAGUGAACGGCUACUACCAGGGAACAAGAAGGACGUAUGUGGACUCUGCAACGAGUACUACAACGAAGAAAAUCGAAAAUCAGCCUUGGCUAAAUGUGGACAUACUGCUUGCUCCAAUUGCCUUUUUAUGCGAAUUCACUUUGAGGGACGUUCCUGUCCAUUCGGCGACUCGGAGAAAUGUAACUCCCAUUACACACCGUAUUACCACCGCUAUCAUUAUAAUAGCGAUGCAAGUGCUGAUGAUAACGAAGGGAUAGUCACAUUGUUUUUCGAGAAUUUGAACGAGAAAAUACACCUAAGUACCUUUAUUCUUGAAAAAGGCCAUUUUUUCAGAAGAAAGCAAAUGAAGCUCCGUGGAAGGUCUAUCCUCGAAGAAGUCAACGAUUCAACCCCGAAGAGAGCGAAAUGUCGGGAUCCAGACAACUUCGAAGAAAUUUAUCCUGAUGCGAUUACAGCAUACGGACAGUAUGGAAAAUGUCAUGGAUCAGAAUGCGACGGCGUACCUGCGGAGACAACCGAAAUAGAGGGCAAGAGAUUGUGCAGAGCUUGUGCGAGCAAGGAUCACGAUGAUCGCCAAAUCGAGGGCAAGAAAUUUGACAAGUCUGAUGCCGAGUUCAAAUGCCCGGCUUUCUCCAAGGCUGAUAGCUGUAAAUCCGAGAAGAUCUCAUUCGAGGAUUUCUACCUCGGAUCUUGUUGCGAGGAAGGUUCCAAGUGGCUAACAACGAAUGAAAAAGCCAAGAAAAAGAAGCUUCAGGUGAUCAAAAAGCUCUACGCCGAAGCAAAGCAAGAGCAACGGAAAGCCAAGCUAGAAUCGGAAGAGAAAAAGAACAAAAUCAAGAACAUGCUGAAUCUUCAGAGCGAACGAAAAAUCAGGACCAAGGAGAUUUUCAAGACGAUUCUUGAAACAGAUAAAGAAAUUGAAGCGUCAAAGAAGGGCAAGGAAGACACGGAGGAAAAAUUACGGGAGGCAGAGGAAGAUUUCGACAUUGUAGCAAAGCGGUACAAGCAGAUCUCUUACGAGUAUCAUUCUGUCGCCAGCAAGAAAGAUAUUGGCCAAGAAAAUGAAAGUGCAGGCUAUGGAACCUGCCAACAGUGCAUGGAAAAGUACAGCGAUGCUCGGCCUCGAAAUAAAUGUGUCAUCCAACCAUGCGGCCAUGUUUUAUGCCGAAGAUGCCUUGAUGAAGCAAUCAACGAGAGCGAAUGUUAUAAUCGAGGGCAUUGUCCUCGAUGUGAUUGCCAUUUUUACCGCGGAGAAAUCAUCACGAUCUACGAAUAG